UCUUGCAAUAGACGUAGCACUGGGUUUCUUGAAAAGAUACAAACAGAAGACCGGCAUUUAGUAGUUGUUGAAAGUGCUGUGUAGGAUUUGAGUAUUUCGAUUUUUAUUGAAAUUAUCUUUCAGAAAACGCCAGCACAGUAAGGAUUAGUUUAAAAUAGCUGAUUUUAUAUAAUAUAAAAAAAUAGCUUUUAGGAAAUAAAAAAUGGGUAAUGUUGAAACAGCCGGGCCAAAUGAGGCUCUCAUCAUCUCUGGUGGCUGGUGUGGAAAUACUGGGAAGAAGAUGGUUGUAGGAGGAUGGGGUUGGGCAUGGUGGUGGGUUACAGAUGUUCAAAGACUUCAUUUGGAAAUAAUGACUCUUACACCUCGUUGUGAAGAUGUGGAAACAGCACAAGGAGUGCCUCUGACUGUAACUGGUGUUGCCCAAUGUAAAAUUAUGACAGAACCUGAAUUUUUAGCUACAGCAGCUGAACAGUUUUUAGGAGAUGAAAUUCGCCAAGUGAAAUCAGUUAUCCUUCAAACUCUUGAGGGUCAUCUACGAGCAAUAUUAGGUACCUUGUCUGUUGAAGAGGUUUAUAGAGACAGGGACCAGUUUGCUUCGCUAGUUCGAGAAGUAGCUGCACCCGAUGUAGGUCGAAUGGGUAUUGAGAUACUUAGUUUUACGAUAAAAGAUGUUUUUGAUAAAGUUGAAUAUUUGGCUUCAUUAGGAAAAGCAAGGGUAGCUGCUGUUAAAAGAGAUGCAGAUAUUGGUGUAGCACAAGCUAAUCGUGAUGCAGGGAUAAAGGAAGCUGAAUGUGAAAAAGCAACUAUGGAUGUUACUUAUGGGGCUAAUACAAAAGUAGAAGAUUCACAUCGUUUAUAUCAAUUGCAGAAAUCAAAUUUUGAUGCAGAAGUCAAUACAAAAAAAGCUGAAGCACAACUGGCAUAUGAAUUGCAAGCAGCAAAGAUGAAGCAAAAAAUUCGAAGCGAAGAAAUUGAAAUUGAGGUUGUAGAAAGACGGAAACUGAUAGCUGUUGAAGAAAAAGAGAUUCAGCGCAAGGACAAAGAACUUACUGCAAUGAUUUGCCUUCCUGCGGAAGCAGAGGCAUAUAAGGUUGAGCUAAUAGCCCAGGGUAAGAGAACACAGACAAUGGAAGUUGCUCGUGCUGAAGCAGAAAAAAUCAAGAUGAUUGGUACUGCAGAAGCCUAUGCUAUUGAAUCAGUAGGCAAAGCAGAAGCAGAGGGAAUGCGAAUGAAAGCUGCAGCCUACAAAGGUUAUGGAGAUGCUGCUAUAAUGAGUUCUGUUCUGGAAGUUCUUCCUAAGGUAGCAGCAGAAGUUUGUGCACCAUUGGCAAAAACUGGAGACAUAGUUUUAAUUGGUGAAACAAAUAAAGUAGCAUCUGAAGUAACAAAAUUAGCCAGUCAAUUACCACCUACUGUGCAUUCUCUCACUGGGGUGGAUUUAUCUAAGAUGCUGUCCAAUAUUUCCAAUGUAAAAUAAAGGUGUCCAUGUUUAGGAGUUGCUUCAUCAUAAUAUCACCCUUGGUGACUUUUCAGAUUUUAAUGCUUCGUUUAUCACAUCAGAUGACAGUAUUUAGUUGUGACAUAUAGCUGCCCUAUUUUGUAGAGUGCGGUUUUUAGAUAUCUAUUUUGAUCUUUGUACAUAGUUUUGUCUUAUAUUUAAAAAAAGGCUUAUAUUUUCAUACAUGUUUGUGUUUAAAUCAUUAGUGAAUUUGAUAGUUUUGUUUAUUUUAAAAUUUAUCAAAAAUUUUAUAAGUGUAUUUGUUUUAAAUUUUUUAUAUUCAUGUUCAUAUACUCAAAUCUCUUUUGUUCUUUAUAUUUUCCAGUGUUUAAAAAAAUUUUAUAAAAAUUGUUCUAUAUAUACACCAAGAACCUUCCAAAAUUGUAUUCUAGUUAAUUGAGUUUUAAUAUUAUUUUUACAUUAAUAAUACCAAGGUUAAAUUCCUGGGAAUUGUUACUAUAAUUGCUCAAUGAUUUUUGUCCUUUUUAUUCUAUUCAAAUUAAAAAUUUUUAAAUAUAUGUUUCUAGCAAUUAUAUAUGUUUUAUGAAAGAUAAUGAGUUUUGUAAUAAAAUUUGAUUCUAAAACUUUAGAAAAUGUUGUGAUUGGAAAUUUGUAGCAUUUGUUACUGCCAACAAAUGCUGUGUCCAAUGACUAGGUAAACUACUUUAGAUAACAUUUUUAAAGUAGUUGUUUAACAAAAUCUAUUGAAAAAUUAUUUAUUUUUUUGAAAGCUGUAUACUUUCCUUACACAGAGGUAUUUUUCUAAAUAACUUAGAAAUAUUUCUCCUGAAGUGUCUUUUGAUUAUUACAUGUAUGGUGUAAUGUAUAGUAAAAUAACUAUUGAAUUUUCAUUUUAUGCCAAUGGAAUAUGUAACUGAUUAAAAUUGUAAAUGGGCUAAUAUGAGAAAAUUUUGUAUAGUUUGUUUUAUUUAGCCAUAGCAUUGCUUGAUAAGUAAGAAGGAGUAUGAAAAAUUAUGUUGUGUAGACAAUCUAAAGUUCAAGGUUGGCUGAUGUAUAUUUUUAUAUGGAGUUCAUGUUGUCUUUUUCAAAGUAACAUUGAUGUAUUGAAAGAGAAAGCUGUUAUAAUAAUUUGAAUGGCUGUCAGCAUAAAACUUUAUUCCUUCCUUUUUUCUAGUCAUUGGUAAAAUAAGUUAAAAGAAAUGUUGCUUAUAAAAAAAUCUUUUGUGUAAAAUAAACUUUCUGUACCUAUUACUGUAGUUUAGUAUUUGUACUGCUGCUUGCUUAUUUACUUUGAAAUUAGGACUGUCUUCACUUACAUGACGUGUUCUCAAAUGUAUUAUCAUGUAACUUUUGUUUUUCCUUUGUAAUUUUUUUCAUUUAGUUUCUGUAGCAAACCAGGUUCUUUUUAUUGUAUGAAAGUGUAUUUAGUGUGUUUUAUGUAUGUAAAAGUUUCUUUUUAAAAACAGGUAUCAAAAUAUCUUCUUAUAUUUUUAGAAAGUUUGAUAUGUAGUUAGAUGGCUAUAGUUUCAUAUUUUUUGCAUAAAGCAUUUUUAUUAGCAUUAUUAUUACUGUUUCAUAAAUAUCAACAAAAUUUCUGUUUUUCAAUAAUUCUGAACAAAAUUAU